AUGAAAUCCGAAACAUCUGUUCGGUAUACCGAGAUCGAGCAUUCGCUUGGGUUUUGGCAAGCAGCCAGAUUAUACUAUCCAGCAGCAUUAUGGGUUCUAUACGUGAACCUUGCGACUGUACUCAAGGGUAUGGAUGGAGGUAUCGCUGGCAGUCUGAUUGGUCUUGACCCGUUCAAGAAAACAUACGGACACCCUUACAACGAUACAUUUGUCGUUCCAGCCGCCUGGGUUAGUGCUUUUGGCUACGCGAACAAUAUUGGAGGUGUUUGCGGCGCUCUAUUCUCUGGUGUCAUCUACGAGAGAUGGGGUCCUCGAAAGAUGAUUGCGGCGUGCUCUCUCGGAUCGAUUGGGAUUAUAUUCCUCCAGUUUUUCAGUACCACGCCUGCACAGCUGUUCGUGGGCCAGUUACUCAAUGGCGCUAUCAUCAGUUUCUUCCCAAUCUGUGCGUCAGCAUACACUGGCGAAGUACUGUGUCCGUUGGCUUUGAGAGGCGUGAUGGCUUCUUUGACCAACCUCGCGUUUAGUAAGUGUAGCCGAUGUAGGAGAUCAAAGUCUUGUACUGAUAUCUUGCAGNUCUGCGGUAAACUCAUCUCCUCGGGGAUCAUGAAGGGUACAAACCCCAUCGAGUCUUCGAUGGCUUACAGAAUUCCUAUCGCCACGCAAUGGACUCUCCCCGUGUUCAUGCUAUCCCUGGUAUACUUCUGCCCAGAUCCUCCCUAUUGGCUUUGCCGCAAGGGGAGGCACGAAGACGCUGCACGGUCGCUCAAACGCUUUGCUACCAACGAGGUCGAUACUACGCUCACUCUGGCCAACGUUCUGGAAACUCUGCGUAUGGAAGAGGCGUCAAAGCAAGAUCGUCCCAACUAUUUGGACUGCUUCCGUGGCACGGAUCUCAGGCGUUUGGUCAUCUGUGUGAUGGCGUAUGACAUGCAAGCCUUUACUGGUAACAUGCUGUUUAUCAGCUAUGCAGUCUACUUCUUCGAGAUGGCUGGCCUGGACUCUGCAAAUGCGUUUUCCAUGAACCUUGGCUUGACUGCUCUUGGGUUUCUCGGUACUUGUGCUGCUUGGCCUCUUUUAUCCUACAUUGGACGUCGCCCUGCGUACUUGUUUGGCACUAUUGGUCUUGCUACGAUCAUGUUCCUUAUCGGAGCUAUCGACUUCGCGCCCCGUUCGACUUCGGUGCCUACCUGGGCACAAUGUUCGUUGAUGCUUCUGGCGAACUUGAUCUACGACACCACAAUCGGACCCUUCUGUUAUGUCAUGCUAGCCGAAGUGCCAUCAGCAAGACUUCGUGGUCUCACAAUCGCCUUGGCUACAGUCUCUGUCCAAGUCGUAUCCAUUGUGUUAGCUGUAGCCAUACCUUACGCCAUGAACAAGGACCAGGGUGAUUGGCGGGGCAAAGUCGGUUUCUUAUUCUCUGGACUCGGGCUCCUGUGCGCACUUUACUGCUUCUUCUCCAUGCCAGAAACACGGAACAGAACUUUCGAAGAACUUGAUAUAUUGUUUGAUAAANAAGUUCCGAGCAGGCAAUUCGCGACAUACAAGAUUGAUGCGGAGACGGAAAGCUCAGAGACAGUGUUUGCGGAGAAACCAUACGUCUAG